AUGCCAUCAGCCAAAGGACCCCAUUUCAUUGGGACUUACUGGGGUGCCGUAAGCCCCGCCUUCUGUGCAGAAAUCAUGGAAUUUGCAGAUGCAUACUUGUUCGCCGGACCCAUUUUCAAUGACUACAGCUCUGUUGGUUACUCUCUACUUUUAAAGAGAGAGAAGGCAAUCAUUGUGCAGCCUGAACGCGUGGUGAAUGAAAAUGGGCCUGCGAUUGCAUGUGUUACGAUGAAGGAUUUCUUGAGAGCUCUGGCAAAGCGGCUUAAGCGUAACACUACUGUGUAUGAUAAUUACUGUAGGAUCUAUGUUCUCGAGGGACAUCCUCUCAAGUGUGAGCCUAACGAGCCCUUAAGGGUCAAUGUUUUGUACCAGCACAUUCAAAAGAUGCUGUCAAGUGAUAGCGAUGUGAUUGCUGAGACUAGGGACUCUUGGUUUAAUUGCCAGAAACUAAAGUUGCCUGAGGGAUGCGGUAAUGGGAUUCACUGCUCUGAAUUUGUCCUUGUUUACACCUAUUUUGGUGAAUGCUUGGCAGAGAACAUCAUCUUCCUUAUAAACAAUGGCGGAUACACCAUAGAAGUUGAGAUCCAUGACAGGCCUUACAAUGUGAUCAAGAACUGGAACUACACUGGUUUGGUCGAUGCAAUCAACAACGGUGAAGGCAAGUGCUGGACAGCAAAGGUGCGCUAUGCGGAAAAGCUCAUUGAGGCAAUUGAUACAGCAAUGGGUGCUAAGAGUGAUUGUUUGUGCUUCAUAGAAGUGAUUGUUCACAAGGAUGACACAAGCAAAGAGCUGCUUGAAUGGGGGCUCCAGAGUCUCUGCUGCAAAUAG